AGUAUGAAGCAGCUUGAACGGUGCUUCAGCUAACUAAUUUCAAGCAUGGCUGUCUAGCGUGCCUGUCACUCCUAUUGUCCUUCCAAACUCUUUCAGACAUUUUGAGCUGGGAGUAUUAAAGCUAUGAGUUAGCAAGGGUUGUGACACUAAUGGUCCAGAAAGGCUUUAGGCACGAGAGGUGAUGAUGAUUACCCGUGGCUCGUUGGAGGACUGCACUGGAUCGCUGUCCUGAAAAAUUAAGCGUGGCUUUUGAGGAAGAUGUGACAACUACCGGAGGUCUUCUCAUCAUUCCUCCAGGACUUCCACCGUAAGGAAAGGAGACCCUGGAUCAACAUCCUCUAAGAUGUUUAUAUGGACCAGUGGCCGGACCUCUUCAUCUUACAGACACGAUGAGAAAAGAAACAUUUACCAAAAAAUCAGGGACCAUGACCUCUUGGACAAAAGAAAAACUGUCACAGCACUGAAAGCAGGAGAGGACCGGGCCAUUCUCCUGGGACUGACCAUGAUGGUGUGCUCCAUCAUGAUGUACUUUCUGCUGGGAAUCACACUCCUGCGCUCUUACAUGCAGAGCGUGUGGACCGAGGAGUCUCAGUGCACCUUGCUCAACGCGUCCAUCACGGAAACAUUUAAUUGCUCCUUCAGCUGCGGCCCAGACUGCUGGAAACUCUCUCAGUACCCCUGCCUGCAGGUGUACGUGAACCUGACUUCUUCGGGGGAAAAGCUCCUUCUCUACCACACGGAGGAGACGAUGAAAAUCAAUCAGAAGUGCUCCUAUAUACCCAAGUGUGGAAAAAAUUUUGAAGAAUCCAUGUCCCUGGUGAAUGUUGUCAUGGAAAACUUCAGGAAGUACCAACACUUUUCCUGCUAUUCUGACCCGGAAGGAAACCAGAAGAGCGUCAUCCUAACCAAACUCUACAGUUCCAAUGUGCUGUUCCAUUCACUCUUCUGGCCAACGUGUAUGAUGGCUGGGGGCCUGGUGAUCAUUGCCAUGGUGAAACUCACACAGUACCUCUCCCUGCUCUGCGAGAGGAUCCAACGGAUCAAUAGAUAAAAGCAAAGUGGAUGAGAUCAUUUUCUUUAAAGCCCAAAUACUGUUUUCUUUCAUUCUUCACCAAAGAACCUUAAGUUUGUAAUGUGCAGUCUAUUAUGAGUUCCUUAAUAUAUUCUGAUACAUAGAGCAAUAAUGCAAAAGCUGUUCUAUAUGCAAACAUGAUGUCUUUAUCAUUCGGGAGAAGAAAUACUGUUUUGUGUUGGUUGGUUGUUUUCAUAAUUUUGUUUUGACGCAACUAGUGCUUCCUUCUCUCAUUCUGCCGAAAUAGGGGUCAGUUAUUCAUUCGCCAAGGUUUGAGGAGGAGUGUAGACAAUAUCAGUGUGAUAAGGUCUGUGUUCUGACUUGUCAGAUCUCUUGAAGACAUUUCUACGAUAUUUUUCAUCAUUCAUUGUUUACUACAGCUGCAGCCAAAAAAAUUUUUUUUCUCUUCUUACUCUAAACUGAGCCCCAUAGCAAGUGAAGGGACCAGAUUUCCUAACUAAAAGAUGUUAAUGCAUUUUUCUUGUAUUUCUACCAUAUCACUGUAAAGAAGGGAGGAAACUCAGCCAGCAAUUUUCCUUUUAUUACAUUCUAAUCAUAACUUUAGAUUUCUUAACUGAUUUCCAAAUAAAAACAGCUGUUUUCAUUAACCAAUUCUCUAAUCUUUUCCUGUGACUUAAAUAAAAAAUGACCAGAGCCUUUUCAAUAUAAGACCCAGCUAUGUAUGAGGGGAUGACACCUACAAGGAGAUUCAUUACCUGUGAAGUGACUGUUGAGUGGAUACUCUAUUACAAUCCAGGAAAGUCUAUGUUACUAAGAUAUUUGUGUGAAAAUCUUUAUUCCAUUUCAAUUGAACUGUUAGAUGGUAAAAUUAAGAUACUACUUGCUGGUCAAGACUUGUGUACUUAUUUCAAUGGGUAAAUCAAUGGCAAAUGAACAUGCUAGAAUAUUGCUCUUAGGGAAUUUAUGUUUAAGUUAAUGAGUGUGUGGUCUCUCUCUUUCUAUCAUGUGUCCCCUAUUGGGAUUUUAAAGCUGUGUGCACAAAAUAUUUGUCUCCGCUACAUGUUUUAUUUUUCUAUUUACAAUUGCCUUUUUUGUUGCUAGAUUUUAUACACAGAAUAGGCCUUUUUUCCUAACACACACUUGAACUGAAUAACAUAUUUAAAGAAAGCCUUUGUUCACAUUGCCAUUCACUUAUUGUGGUUGGGGGGAGAAGGGAAUGAGGGAUUGGUUUUACAUAAAAACAUUCCAUCUUUUAUUUAACAUCAAUAUCAAAAAGAGAAGGCAAACAUCUAUCUUUCUCAUCUAUAUUUAAAUACCUUUUUGUAAUGUAGUUUUCUAGGUAUUGCAAAAUUUUACAAAUUGUAUCUGUGAAAUGAAUGGUGAAACUAAUCUGAUAAAGUGAAAGUAUUCUGCAAUAUUGUAAUUCAUAGUUUGACUUUUCAUAAGCAAAUAAAUCCCUAAGGUAUAAUCAGGACUUCAAAUGUGUAAUUAAAAUUU